AGAUAGAUUUUUUUCCAUCUGCCAGUCAACUUGGCAAAAAGAAAAUAUCGGACACUGCAAGUAAAGCACAAGCACCUCAACGACAGUGUAGUUGUAGUUUCACAGUGUCUUCAUCGCUGGCUGUCAUCAGUUCCUUUCUUGGCUGCUGUAAAAUCCAUGGUCCCUCAGAAGUGAGGAAAUGAUAGAUGACAUCCUCUUUACAACAGGAAGUAAAGCUCUUAAGAGAAAUGAGGCUUUUAUUUGAAAAAACCUGAGUGCUGCUUACUUGCCUACUGCCUACUUUUAGGAUGAAUGUCUUCUCUGGUUGAGAAAACUCCUUAACCUGCUGCUGCUCACGUGGAUUUAAGAAAAGCAGAGAACUCUCAUUCGCAUACCAGUGAGGCUGCAAAGUUGCUAAUCGUGGGCUCCAAUGAGAGGCUCUUCAUGAUGAGCUAACGCUGUCGGCCGCAACAACCGCAGGAAGAGACGUGGCCGCUGCACCACCCACAGUCGACGCAUGGCGGUAUUAGGGAACCCCGACAUGCUGACGAGGAAGAUAAAGCUCUGUCACAUCAACGCCCACAUCACAUGUCGUCUGUGUGAGGGCUACCUGAUCGACGCCACCACUGUCACAGAGUGCUUACACACCUUCUGUAGAAGCUGCCUCGUGAAGUAUCUGGAAGAAAACAACACGUGCCCCACGUGUAGGAUUGUUAUUCAUCAGAGCCAUCCACUGCAGUAUAUCGGCCAUGACAGAACAAUGCAAGACAUUGUCUACAAGUUGGUACCGGGACUUCAAGAGGCGGAGAUAAAGAAGCAGAGAGAGUUCUAUCAGAAGUUGGGGAUGGAGGUGCCCGGAGACAUUAAAGGGGAGCUUUGCAACAUGAAGACUCAUUUAGAUCAGCGCAACGGAGAUGCAAAAUCGGAGGACACGGCCAAUAAGGAGGCGGGAGAGGAAAAACCAGAAGAGGACAAUGACUAUCACCGCAGUGAUGAGCAGGUCAGCAUCUGCUUGGAGUGCAACAGCAGCAAGCUCAGAGGCCUGAAGCGCAAAUGGAUCCGCUGCUCAGCACAAGCCACAGUCCUGCACCUCAAGAAGUUCAUUGCCAAAAAGCUUAACCUGACAUCAUUUAAUGAGCUGGAUAUUUUAUGCAACGAAGAAAUCUUGGGAAAGGACCACACUUUGAAAUUUGUUGUUGUGACAAGAUGGAGAUUUAAGAAAUCCCCCCUACUGCUCCAUUACAGACCCAAGAUGGAUCUGCUGUAGCUAAAAUGGACACAACGGUUGUUUUGUUUGUUUUUUGGACCAGUGGCCGCGGACUGUGCCGAAACCUUUUUAUUUAUGCAAAAGACGAUCCACCAACACCAAGCAAACACCUGAUGGUCAAAGUCAACACCAGCCAGCAAAAUUGGGAUCUCAAGGGAAGGGAGGGGGACAAGAACAACAAAAACUGGCAACCUCCAGCACAGAUACUGCACACUGGUGUGUUUUUAGGAACUGAAACAACCUUUUUUUUGUCCGCUACAUCCUAGAUAUGUGAACAAAAAUCAAAAAUGAAAAAAAAAAUGGAGAGAAAGCAUAUAUUUAUACUUUUGUACAGAAGAGACACAUGGAACCAAGACACUACUGGUGCUCUGUUUACACGCAAACAAGAUGUCGGGAAUCACAUCUUUUUGAGCUUGGUGCAGAUUUCGUCCUCCUGAGACAAAGACUGAGAGGAGAGGAGGACAUGUUUUUUUUUUAGUAAAAGAUGUCCCCCCCCACCCCACUCCCCCAAUACACUCAACAUGUCUUGGGAGCACAGAAACCAUAUGGAAAAAGUUAUAUAACAUCAAGCAUCAAUUUUAAGCUGUUUAUCAAGUAAAUUGUCUCUUUUUAUUUUCAUUUUGUUGACUUUGUCUAUUUUGCUAUUGGGUUCUUGAUGAUUGUCAAUUGUGAAUAGGCUAAAAUGUUUUGUGUAGUAAUUUAUGUUCUAUAUACCGAUAUUGUACAUAAAAUGUCAUUACAGAGAGACAGAGAGAGACAGAUUGAAGAGAGACUUAAGACUGUUAAAAGGAAAAAGAGAGUGGAUCCCAGAAGUGCUAUCUAUAUUUUGGGCGUUAAGUGUCCAGAGGUGAUAAAUUAGGAUUUUUCUUUAAAGACAGACUCAUUAUCACUAUCAAAAUAUAUAAAUGCAUCUUUAUAUCGUCUGCGAAAGACACAAAACAAAUAUAUCAGAAUCCUCUGCCGUUUGUGUGUACGUGGGGUCAAAGUACGUUAUGCUGCGCUCAUAGCAUUGCAAGAGUUUAAGGCAGAUGAGAAGAAAGCUUCAGCCCUCCUCCCACAUCCUGCUCCCACAUCCUCCUCGUCCCUCCCUCCCUCCCUCCCGCCUGCUGUGGAACAUGGCUGACGUUGUCUCUUUUUAUUUUUUGAUUAAUCGGUCAGUUCUGUCUUGGCAAUAAUGCCACACAAAAACGCUCAAAAAUGCCUGCAAGACAUAGAAAGGCAAUAUUUGGGUAGUUUGUUGUUGUUGAUUUGAAUCUGUUUUCACACCAUGCACAUCCUUAAAAUGCAAACACAGAUACACACACACGUUCAGAGCUUUUGGGUCGAGCUGCUAGCGGCACAUGUUGGCGUUUCCUCCUGCCUCCAUCAAAGCUACAUCACAAAUGGUUUCUGUAAGGGUAAAAGUGGUGCUGUAGAUCAUCUUAUCCCAUCUGCCCACAUGACAUUCUGGUGUUACGUACGGACAUUUUCUCACCCAGGGGACUUCCUGAGUAUGAAGCGUGACAGGCGAGUGAAGGUUACUGAAGUGACAAUGUUGUUGUUUAUGGGCUGUUCCUCAGUGUCUUGUCCCUGCUGGGUGGGGCUGCAAAUGUGCAGAGCUGCACAGAUAGUCAAGUGGAUACUGUUUUUGUCAAAAAAAAAAAUUCUAGCAGGAUAGCCAGUGUUCAGUAUAAUACAAAUUUACACAAAUUUCCGAGUCUUUUCGGAAAAUAAGUCCUAAGGUCUUUGGGAAUGAGGUUUUUGAACAUUUUGAUAAUGAAAUUCUGGAUAAAAUGACUACUCUUUUGUCAUUUGGUGCUUAUCGAUGUGUGUAUUAAUCCUGAGGAGGACUGUUUCUCGGGAACCCGCUGCUCUUACAGUACCUGUGCGACGCAGCAAACCAGCAUUCUGUUAAACAGCAAAAUGUCUUAACUCACAACAUGCUAAACUGUCCUUAAGGUUACCACAACUGGAUCCCAAAACGCCAUGUCAGACCUCAAGUCGUAUUACCUCGCUGACCUGUCCUGUCGGUAAAUGACAGUUAUUUACCCUUUCUAUUUUAUUUUGCCUGUGUGUUCACAUACGGGCUUCAAAUCCAUCAGUAGGUUUCAGAAGUCUGGGAAAGUAGAGCAAAAUCGUCUUGAAAUCAGGGAGGAGGUAUUAACCUUUAAUAAAGAAAAAACUUUGUCCAUUAAAGAGAAAUUCCUGUAGUUUUAAACCCCAUAUUUACUUGAAGUUUUUGGAAUUGGUCCAGCAGUUCACCUCAGCCGGCAGCUGCGAUGCAUCUGCAAUCACUGCAAUGUAAUCUUGUGGGGCAACUCCGACCAUCAAAGUUACGUCCAGUAAAAAACGAUUAUUUUUAGCCGCUCUCAGGCUGAGGUUGUUACUCUGAGUGUCUGACAACGAAGGAAGUCUCUCUCUGAAAUCUUGCAAGAGGUGACCUGCUGCAGGAAGUUGACCGCGGGAAGUCAAAGCUGGAGAGAGAUGUUGGGGUUUACCGAGAGGAGUAUUCAGCUUACUUCACCAAUCUACAGGAGAAAACAACUGCAACAACUCACCUCAUGAGAUUUCAAAGUGAGACUUAAAUACUUUAAAGUUUAUUUUAACCUUUAAAUCCAAAAUGUGGGGAAAUUGGAAUUUGGAAAUGGAAAAAUGUACAGGAACCCUGCCACAUGAGGACCUAUGAUGUGUGUAUUAAAUGGUUUUCAUAGUGUUCGGGUGUGUAACUCUCCGGCUCAACCGUAACUGCUCCUGCGGUCUUUGAGACCACUUCUUAUGGUAACUUUUAUGUUUCCAGACUCUUUAUGUGUUCAUUGUUUUUGGUUUUUAGUUUUUGCAUGGGAGUAAAAGCAGGUUAAAAAGCCACAGGCCUCCUAUGUGCACGGAGUCGAGCUGCAUUUAGCUCGGCGUUAAAUUAUGAUUUACAGUGCAAACAUUCUACAUGUUUCAGCCAUUCAUUCUUCAGUUAUUUUCAGUAUGCCCCCCCCUCCCCCAUUUUUUCUUUGCUUUUAACUCUUGAUUGAAAAACGACUUCUUGAUGAAUAAAACUGAAUCAGGUAAAUUAAAAUACCCCACUCUUGAUUUGAAAUGAUUUAAAACCAAAAACAAUGAGCCGUGCCAGUUUGCUGUAAAGUCCCUGCAGGAAUAACGUAAUAAGCUUUGGUGUGUUUUUUUAAGGCUUACAAACAAGACAAAUGUCAAAGAAGCUCCUCCAGGUGUCCGACCUGGAGGUUGAUGUUACAGUGAGCUGGUUUCUGUGAUGUUUGACACCAGGGUCCAGUGUUGUUUUGCCAGUCAUCUCCCUGUAACUUCAGUCUUUGCUGUUGGCUUCACCCAAGCCGUCCUCCUUGUCAUGUUUAAAGUGUUGUCACCUCUUGCUUCUGCUGUCACAGCUCAGUCUGUCUAUGAUAAAUGUGCAUAAGCUUUUUCCUCAGGUGACGAAGCUGUAAACCCCCACAACAAGGUGCUAUUACACAGAUAACUAGAAACGGAAAAACAUUCUCAACACACACGUUCAUGUAUUAUGCAGAACACUGCAGAUAAACUGCUCUGUACCGUUUAAGGACUGGCAAUGAAACAGGUUACAUCUGUAUCUGUGUUCCUUUUUCCCUCCAUAUUGUUUGAUGUGGUUGCGUUCACACUGCACCUCACGUUAUUUUUGCUCAGUGCUGUUCAGAGGAACACAUUCACACCCUGUGCACGUUGAUUGUUAGGAGAGUCUAACAUCUCAGUCGCCUUGUGUUUUACCUCUGUUGACCAUAACUCAAAGUGUAUUUUUACGCUUUCAGGUUUACAGUGAUUUUGUGUUGGUCCUGGAUGCUAAAAAAACAAAAAAAAAAAAUCAAAUAAUACUGAUAACCAACACUCAAAACUGUGCCUGAACGCAUCCUGUGUAGACACAGAGUGAGCAGGUGCUGCUGAACCUAGACCACCGUGUCUCAAACUAAAGUAAUUCCACAAAAAGCACCAAUAAAAUUCCAACUGAUGGUAAAACGCAAAAAAAACAAAAAUUUGUUUGAAUGAAGGUAAAACACAGCUAAGUUAACAUCUGUUUUAAAGGCUGCACUUUCCAUUUCUUUGCUGUUACAACCCUGAUUCCAAGAGGUUUGGGACAUUGUGUAAAUAAAAAACAGAAGCAAUCAUUUGCAAACAAGCUGUGUUUACUCGCAGUGUUCCCGAGCCUGUGUAGUUUCAUAUCGUUUGUUUGACAAAGCGGUGAAUCGUCCCAUCCCUGCCUUUGGAGGACGCUCCUUUCCCGCCCAGUCGUGAUCUUAUCGCCUGCUCCCAGUGAAGCUGUUUACCUGUGGACUGGUCCAUACUAGUGACAGCUUGUCAAAUUCAGAAUAAGCAGAUAUUCGUGGAAAUAUUCGCGUAUUGGAGUGAUUGCUUGGAAAAUGAGCCGUCUUUUGUGUGGGCCCCCUUAACUUGAGUCGCUUGCUUACUUUCCUCUAGCAAAACCACAUGAUAAUUAGCGAAUAAUCUGUUUUUAUCUAUGACUUAUACAGCAUCCCAGCAUUUUAAGAAUCAGGGUUGUACAACGCAGUCGACACAAAAUUAAAAUAAACCCCAAAUUUGAGCACUAAAGGCUGCAGUGUGAACAAACCCCCUUCACUUUUUGAGUAUUGUUCCCUGUGAUGUGUGUGACAGAAGGGGAACCUGACGUAAAGGGUGGGUCCUGCUUUCUGGCAGGCGGUGUGCUCUCUAUGGUGCUAACAACUCCUGCUUUCAAACUUCUUCAAGAGAGAUCCAGUCAGACGAAAGCACUGCCUGCCACCUUGUUUCACACGCCCUCACACAUUCUGUACGUGAACGUGCGCGAGUCCUCGGGUGUCUUGUCAGAGCUGUCUCACAGUGCAGACAAAGAAAAGGUGCUGGGAUUUUGGUUUUUUUUUUUUGUCUUUUUCACUGGUUUGUUGGCUGGGCUUGCUUCAGAAAGCAGAGGGGAAUUUAAAUAAGUCAUAGACUGUGACGGGGCUGAUGCUGUGAAAAAUAAAAAGAAAACUGGUUAGAAAUUGGGUGUGCCAGCUGCAAUUUCCUGCCUCAAAGAGAAACUCACACUUAUUACAGGCUUCUCUAGUGAGGUGUGUGCGCCUCUGCGGAGCCUCCAUCUGAAACAUCUCUGCAAGCAUUAAGAAAUCACAUCCAAGUUCUCCUGAGCUGAGAUUUGACCUCCUCAGUGCCACAGAGUGUGUGUGUGUGUGUAACUGAAUACUGAGCCCCAGAAUGGAUCAAUGUUCACGCUUUUCUUUUUUAAAUCAGCACCAAUAUUGAGACAUCAGCUAUGCUCGACAGCCGAGCUAAGAGGCUUACAGGAGGCUUGACCGUGCUUCGCUGCAGACUGGGAUCGGUAUCAGCUCUGAAAGGUCUCCAAGGCGGAGGGAGGCCCUGAUCUGUCAUAGCUCCGGCUCUCGGACUCAUCUUCUCUGCUUUGACCUUGAACACCUGUCAUCUGCUUGUUAUCUCCUGAGAUCUGUGGGCGUUCUGGGUUGACAUUUUGAUUUGAGCUGGACUGUCAGCAGAUCGUAGCCCACACCACCACUACCACCACAACACGAAGAUGAGAAAAAUUCAUUUGGGCUGCUGUCUCUGAGCUCAGAAGCCUUCAUUUCAGGCUUGCAGAAUCAUCCCUGGCAACCUAAAAUGGUUCUCGUAUGUUUACUGUGCUGUAAUAAGGGUCCACUGCGAGAGUGUGAAAGCUUUCUUUGUUGCCCAGCUCACUCUCUUCCUCAUUUCUGAGUUCUCUGUAAAGCUCAGUAAUCUCACAGGCAGGCUUUGUGUGUGACGGAGAGGGAGACCUCGAGGGUCACUCAGAUGGCUACAUGGACUAAAACACACUUCAAAGUACAUGUUGCCUGGCCUGGCCGGCUCUGCACUGCCUGCUCUAAAAAGCUGCUGCACUCUGAAAAAUGUGGCGCAGUUUUAAGAGCAAAUGACUGCUUAAAUCAUGCUUUGCCCUUUCUGGAUGCCGGCUGUUGCUUUUAAAGAUGGCGUCUGUCAACAGCAUCAGCAGAGACGACGAAAACGGCUCCCCUCCACUCCUGUGUACGAGGGUUAGAUUGAGGCUGGUUUCAGUAAAUCCCAAAUAAAUUGGGUCCAAACCUCACAGAGAUGUGCCCCCAUGAGCCAUAGCAGAUGUUGUUGAUAAAUCUGUCCAUUUUUUUAAAAAAUAUUAUUAUUUAUUGAUGCUGCAAAAGUGACUUCUGCGUUAGUUUUUUUUGGUUGAAAUUUUUUAAGAGUUGCCCUCCUUUUUUGCUUAAAUUUUAUAUUUUUUUGUGCAACCUUAAAGCAAACUCAUUCAUAAAAAAAGGCUUAAAUUAUGGAUUUUGCAAUUGAAUUCCCUUUUUUGUAUUAUUCUAAGUGUGUUAAUGUCUACGCAAUGCUCUGUCUGUGUAUAACAAACACAUAGGUGUCUUCUUUUUUAGGUCAAGCUAAAAAAAAAACAAAAAAAAACUAAAUUGUGUGAAUCUGGCAAUGUGGUUAUUGUAUUUGCAAGGAAAAUGUGCAAUAUACGGUUCUCAGAUGGUUCCAGGUUUCAGCAUAGAACUCCAAGAUUUCAUUGUUUAGUGCUUUUCCAGUCAGUUCCUCAGGUCACUAAAUGCCUUCUGGUCCUGAGGGUGACCAGGAAAUCUCAGAACACACACUAAUGCACCCAAAAUACAAAAGCGACUGGAUUUUAAUUUAGUCUCGUCUCUUUUCUUUCCUCCCCCUUUUUGUCUGUGACAGAUUUCUCAAACGUUUAUUUUCAGGUUAAUGCAGGCACUUCUUCGUGUGUCCUUUUCCUUGCCUCCUUCUGUAUUAUUGUUAUUUAUUGCACAUGUAGUGAACUGGUUUCCUUUGCCACAUUUAAUUCAAGGAGUUUUGGGUCUAGAACAGGGCUGGAAUUUCUUUCGUACAAAACUACAGAAGCUUUUGUCAAAAAUCUAAGUGUGUAUUUCAUCAAUAAAUGCCUUUAAAAGUG